GGAUGAAGGGAGGAGCUAAACUGGGACUCAAGUACAGAAAACACACAAACUUUCACAGUGGAGUUUGAUCCAGAAAACAGACAGAUUGUCUUCAUCUUCAAGAUGCUGUCAGUGAACUUGAGUCUGUUUGUCAAUUUGUUUCUGCUCACAAUAAGAGAGUGUAAAGGAGAAGAUAAAGUGAUUCAGCCACCAGGAGAUGUCAUUGCUGUUGAAGGAGACACAGUUAUACUGGGAUGUACUUUUGAGACCAGUGACCCAAGUCCAGCUCUCUUCUGGUACAAAGAGGAAGUAAAUGAGUUUCCAAAGUACAUUUUAAGACGUGGUGGUUAUGGAGAUGAUAAUGCUCCAGAGUUCCAUAAAGGCAGAUUUGAUGCUCAAGCCAACAAGACAUCAGUUCCUCUGAAGAUCCAGAAGCUUCAGCUGUCUGACUCUGCUGUGUACUACUGUGCUCUGNAGAUGCUGUCAGUGAACUUGAGUCUGUUUGUCACUUUGUGUCUGCUCACAAUAAGAGAGUGUAAAGGAGAAGACAAAGUGAUUCAGCCACCAGGAGAUGUCAUUGCUGCUGAAGGAGACACAGUUACAUUGGACUGUACUUUUGACACCAGUGAUCCAAGUCCAGCUCUCUUCUGGUACAAGCAAGAAGUAAAUGGUUCUCCACAGUAUAUGAUGAAAAGUUACUCAAAGUCUGUGGAAAAAGCUCCAGAGUUCCAGGAAGACAGGUUUCAUACUGGAAUCCAGGAUAAGUCAGUUCCUCUGAAGAUCCAGAAGCUUCAGCUGUCUGACUCUGCUGUGUACUACUGUGCUCUGAGGCCCACAGUGACAGGAAACAGCAAAACUCUGUACAAGAACCUUUGGAGCAAAUACAACAGAAAAUUCCACAACAUCCACUAGAGGGAGACACACUCUGAUACACUUGGUUCACGUCACCUCUCAUAGCUCUGUGUGUUUCUGACUUAUUAUUAUUUUCUUUGCUCAAGUUUAGAGUUCAACAUUUCACUGAUAUAAAUCUCCCUGAUAGCUGGAGCUUUUCAUUUUCCAACAGGAAGUCAUUUGAGAUGCAAACUGGAUCUGAAAAGUGAGAUAUAAAGAAUGUUUGAAAUUACAGUUUCAAACAGUAUCGGUGGACUUUUGUGAAGCAAAAUCUGUUUAAAAAAAAAUUCUUUAAUGGCAUUUUGACAAAUUUGACAAAUUUCUUAGUGACAUUUCUGUAAAGAACAUCACCUCCACAUAAAAUAAACCACACUGAAGUAAA